AUGGCGGCGGCACAGCACACCAGUCGGUACAGGGACACGGUCCUCACCAGAAGGAAGAUCGAGAGCUUGAUCGCCGAAGGACGAAAGAUUGUAAUUGUGAAUGGCACAGUGCUCAAGGUGGAUGCAUGGCUGCCAUAUCACCCAGGUGGUGACAAAGCAUUGCUUCAUAUGGUGGGACGAGACGCAACGAACGAGGUCAAAGCAUUUCAUUCUGUGGAGACACAGCAGUUCAUGCAAAAGUACCGCAUAGGCAAGAUUGAAGGCCAGUGGAAGGACUUCCUGCCUCCUAUCCAAGGUGGAGUGUUCCGACGCGUAGAAGAGCAAGAUUCCAGUACAACAGUCGAGAGUGAUGGGGACACCGAGCGCGAUUCAUCCAGCCAUAGCAGCUCAUCUGAGCCUUCGCCAAUAUUCGAGCCCGCAGAACGUUUGUCAGACUCCCUGCGAAAGAGGCGAUCCAGUGUCGCUGCUAGUGACUCUUCGGCAACAUCCUUGGAAACGCUGGCAAUUGGCGAGCCUGCUGUGGGAUCGAACAAAGUGGCUACUGGCGACGAGAGGACGAAGCAAGAGCGGCAGAGAGAUUUGGAUACCUUCCCGAGCCUCGAUCCGGCUACACAAGCGAGCAUCAUCGAGAAGUACAAGCUGCUGGAUCAGCGUCUCAGGGAUGACGGACUUUACAAUUGCAACUAUACCGCAUACUUGUUCGAAGCCAUGCGGUACAGCUUUCUGGCUUUCAUGGCCUACUUCUUCCUGCAAAAGAGCUGGUACGCUCUAUCCGGUCUCUUCUUGGGCAUGAUGUGGCACCAACUCGUCUUCACAGUCCACGAUGCAGGUCACAUGGGGAUCACACACAACUUUCACGUCGACAGCUGCAUCGGCAUCUUCAUUGCAGACUUCCUUGGCGGCCUAUCCUGCUGCUGGUGGAAGCGCAACCACAACGUCCACCACAUCGUUACGAACAGCGCAGAGCAUGAUCCAGACAUCCAGCACAUGCCCUUCUUCGCAGUCUCCCACCGCUUCUUCGACAGCUUGCGGAGCACAUACUACGACCGCAUCAUGACCUUCGAUGCGGUCGCCAAGUUCGUGCUUCAGUACCAGCACUACCUCUACUAUCCAAUCUUGACCAUGGGCCGCUUCAACCUGUACGUCCUGAGCUGGCAGUACAUCUUCCUUGGCCAAGGCCCACGUAAGGGUCCGGCCUGGUCGCACCGCUACCUCGAGAUGGCCGGUCAAGCAUUUUUCUGGUACUGGUUCGGCUACCUCACCGUCUACAAGUCGAUACCUAUCGGCUGGGAUCGAUUCAUCUUCGUCAUGGUAUCACAUGCCAUUACCAUGCCAGUGCACGUUCAGAUCACACUUUCCCACUUUGCCAUGAGUACCGCUGAUCUCGGCGUUGCCGAGUCGUUCCCUCAGCGUAUGUUACGGACGACAAUGGACGUUGACUGUCCCGAGUGGCUGGACUUCUUCCAUGGUGGUUUGCAGUUCCAGGCGGUGCAUCAUCUAUUCCCACGGAUGCCAAGGCAUAAUUUGAGGAAAGCACAGAAGCUGGUUAUGGAAUACUGCGAUGAAGUUGGUAUUCCUUAUGCCAUUUGGAACUUUACAGAGGGUAAUGGCAAGGUGAUCAAGCAGUUGGAGGAUAUUGCGAACCAAGCCAGAAUUAUGAGGGAAUGUCAGAAGACAAUGACGCUGCAGGAUGCUCUUGAAGGACACUGA